AUGGGAGGUAGAGUCGAAGUGGAUUAUUCCUCCAUGAUUUCUGCUUUCUUUUAUCCAAUCAACCUUGAUAACCCCAAUACAUCUCGUUCUGAACUUCCCAGAUUGGUCGCUGCCUCUCAGACAGAUGGUUUAAGGAGAAUUCGCUCUGAUGUAUUGGGAUUAUUCAAAGAUGGGGAGUACAAGAAGAAAGAGACGAUUAAUUGGCAAAAUGUGGUAGAUAUGAUCGUGACCAGAUAUUCUGAUCGUCUAAAGUUUAUCGUUCAGGAUGAGACGUCUGAAUUGGCGGUUUGGUCGGAGAUCAAGUUGCUUUUGGAUGUUUAUACAGACUAUGCAAAGGUAGAUAUACCUUCUUCGGUAGAAAAAUGCGCGAAUCAUUUUCUGGAACCGAUGAUCCCGAAAACAGAGGCGGAUCUUUUGAUUCAUGCUGCGGUCUUUGAGGUAUCACAUAAUAUCUGUAGUACGUUAUUCAAAGUAAGAGAAAUUCUCAACGACGGAGAAGAAUUAGAAAAGGGUGUGAAUAAGGAAAAUAAGGGAAUACAGUUGAUCAAGGGAUUGAUCAGAGAAUUGGAUUGGACCACUUGGCUUGAAUGCGGUAAAUGUCCAUAUGAUGAAGUAUGUUUCGUGGCAAUUUGGCCGUGGGGAGCUCGGGAAGAUCAUGUUUCUCCGCGGUGUAUUAAGAGGGUUGAUGUAAGUGAUCGAAGGGGGUAUUGGGAUUGGGGGCAGUAG